CUAGCUAGGAAACCAAUCAACAGAUCAAGGAUAAGAAUGAAAAGCCCGAGAGUCCUGAAAAGAGAUGGAAAGUGCUGUUAUGUAUUAUGGCUUACUAUCAAUUCUGCGUAAAUUGAAGAGUGCACCAGACCAGGAGGUUAGGAUCCUGCUCCUGGGAUUGGAUAAUGCAGGCAAAACCACACUUUUGAAACAACUGGCAUCUGAAGAUAUCACCCAUAUCACUCCAACCCAGGGUUUUAACAUUAAAAGUGUGCAAGCCCAAGGUUUCAAGUUGAAUGUGUGGGAUAUUGGUGGACAAAGGAAAAUCAGGCCAUAUUGGAGAAAUUAUUUUGAGAACACUGAUAUCCUGAUAUAUGUCAUUGAUAGUGCUGAUAGAAAAAGAUUUGAAGAAACUGGUCAAGAACUAGCAGAGCUGGUGGAUGAAGAAAAGCUAAGUGGCGUUCCAGUACUCAUAUUUGCAAACAAACAAGAUUUACUGACGGCAGCCCCUGCUGCAGAGAUUGCAGAGGGUCUGAACUUGCACACAAUCCGGGAUCGAGUCUGGCAGAUUCAGUCUUGUUCAGCCCUGACAGGAGAGGGCGUGUCGGAUGGCAUGAACUGGGUCUGCAGAAAUGUCAAUGCAAAGAAGAAGUAAGUCAAGCUGAGUUGCCUGGAACUAGAGAAACAGCAAGAGCCAAACAUGCUAGCCAGCUGCUAGUGUCUGACCAAAUAUUGUUCCAUCUGCCUGCAGCUACAGCUGUUCAGACUGGUAACCGUAGCUAAGCCUACUGCUUCUAUAGGAACUUUAUCUGUUGACUAGUACCAUCCCCAUCCUCAUGCAAAUCUUUCUUUCAUUCUUUUAAAAAAGUAAAUAGUAUUAAGGGUCUCCCUAUUGUUCAUACUAGCAAUGAAAAUAGGAAUGGAUUGCUGUCUGACAUAGAAACUUCUGAUGAGCUCCAUAGAGGUCGGAUUAUUAUAGCAAUAUAUAUCAGUGGCCACAUCCAUUCUGAAAUCAUUCAAGAUUCUCCUCUGGUCCAGUUCAAAACUUUUCUCAUUAUCCAAUAAAGUGAUCUUUUGUUCAUGCAAAUGCUUCAAUUUUAAAAUGAUACAUACCUUAGUACAUUGCUUACACUCAUUUGGCCAUAUGCCCAAGGGCCUGUCUUUUCUUCAUAAAGACAUGUAUAAAACUCACUUUCUUAGCAGUUGGAAUGGCGAAGCAGGAUGCCAUAAUUUAAUUAAAUAAAACAACAUGUGGUGGUUGUUAUUACAUUUAUAUUUGGCCUAAACUUUCCCCAAACGUCAGGUUUCACUAAGAGUUCUUGAAUGUUCAAGCUUAUUGCAUUGUAUUAGUCCUUGAAAAUAAGAUUUUUUUAAAAUAGCGAAAGUAACUCAGAGCUCAAAAUCUUAUACAAGAAGCUAGUAACAAUAGGCUUUGUCAUAUUCUGAACGGCUUUGAUGCAAAAUUUGAUUUAGUAUACCUAAGAUCUAUAAAGUCAAUGAAUUUAUCUCUGGUAAUACAAGCAGUAGAAAAAUGUGAAGUGAAAGUUUUUGUCCAUUUUAAAGAGUCAUGACUUGUAUGUAUUUUUUGUGAGUUAGUAUAGUUUCCUGCCAUUCUCAUUUACAUUUAAUAUUGCUAACUCUGCAGGAAGUCAUUGUCUAGAUAUCUGAAAUAUUGAAAUUUGUCAAAGAUUUAUCUUUGGCCAUGAGAACGUUGUUGCAUCAAAAUGAAGAGCAAGAGAAGAGAACCAUAAAGAAUCAAUAAUAUUCUAAAUACAUUCCCCAGAAAGACACAUGAUUUAAUAAACCUUAAUGUGCUGCCACAA